AUGGUAUUCCCAACCUUCGAGUAUACAUACGACAAGCUGGCCGAGAUCACCAGCGAUCUGAAGGUCGUACGGGACCCAUGUGAGGAUGUUGCGCUUCCUGAUGGUGGGCGUCAAGCACUCAAGACUGAGGGAACACUUGUGCUGGUAACAGGCGGAGCUGGCUUCAUCGGCUCCAACCUGGUUGAUCGGCUGCUCUUACUGGGCUACAGAGUGCGGAUCUUCGACAAUCUGUACACCGGCUACCUUCGCAACGUUCCACUUGGGGAUAGCAGAGUGGAAUUCCACUUUGGAGACAUCCUGGACAGAGCAGCGUUGAAGGCAGCGAUCAAUGGCGUCGAUUACGUGUAUCACCUUGCCGCUAUGAGCAAGGUCGUCCCGUCGCUCAAGUCGCCCAACAUGGCCCGCUUCUGCGUGGAGAGCAACGCUUUGGGCUCAUGGAACGUCCUCGAAGAAGCACGUCUGGCCGGCCAGAUCAAAAAGGUCGUCUACGCGGCCUCGUCCACCUAUUACGGCAACGCUCCAGCGCCUCACAGAGAGGACAUGGUGGGAGAUUUCCUGACGCCGUAUGCCGCCAGUAAGUUCGAAGGAGAGUUGCAAAUGCACACCUUUGACUCACUAUUUGGUGUCAAGACCAUCAGCACCCGCUUCUUCAUGGUAUAUGGACCGCGGCAGCCGAGCACGGGCGCUUACGCCAUCGUCACCGGCGUUUUCGCCAAAGAGGCGGCCGAUGGGAAGCCACUGACAAUCGAAGGUGAUGGAACACACUCUCGAGACUUCAUUCACGUGAGCGACAUCAUCGAGGGUCUGAUUCUGGCGCAACAAGCGCCCGAUCUCCAUGGAGACGUCGUCAAUUUGGGAACUGGAGAGGCCUACUCGGUGCAGGACGUGGCCGAUCUGGUGUCUAAG